CAUUAAUUGGUACUCCGUUACCUUCUUAAUUACUGCCCUUUUUAAGUGGUGUUCCAAAUGAUUGUUAAAUGUUAAGUUGGCAAUAGAUAGUUUACCCAAAAAUCUAAAAUUUAAAGCCAAAAGCAGCAUGAGCAUCCUUCCCAGUCGUACGGAAAUUACUUGAACAGAGGAGCACCAAAAAUAACAGCAGAGAGCAAAUCCAGAAAAAAAAAAACAGCAAAAGAUUUCGAAAAGAAGAGAGAGGAAAUUUGUAGAGAAGAUGGCGUGGGGAUGGGGGAUCUACGAGGGAAUGGUUGUAAUUGGAUCUCUAGUUCUUCUAGGAUGGGCAGGUCUUUGGUUCUUAAACCGGAGGCUUUACAAAGAGUACGAGGAAAAAAGAGCUUUGGUUCAAAUCAUCUUCAGUGUUGUUUUCGCUUUCUCUUGUAACCUUCUCCAGCUUGUUCUUUUUGAGAUCAUCCCUGUCCUUUCCAGAGAGGCAAGAUUGAUAAACUGGAAGGUGGAUCUAUUCUGUUUGAUUUUGCUACUAGUAUUCAUGUUGCCAUAUUACCAUUGCUACUUGAUGCUUUGCAAUAGUGGUGUGAGGAAGGAGCGGGCUGGACUUGGAGCUAUAAUAUUUUUGUUGGCAUUUCUCUAUGCUUUUUGGCGCAUGGGUGUUCACUUUCCCAUGCCCUCUCCAGACAAAGGUUUCUUCACGAUGCCUCAGUUGGUCAGUCGAAUUGGUGUUGUUGGAGUAACUGUUAUGGCUGUCCUAUCCGGUUUCGGUGCUGUAAAUUUGCCAUACAGCUAUUUGUCACUUUUCAUCAGAGAGAUUGAUGAAUCAGAGAUUAAGGCAUUGGAGAGACAACUAAUGCAAUCAAUUGAGACUUGUGUGGCUAAGAAAAAGAAAAUCAUUCUUUCUCAAAUGGAGAUGGAACGAAUUCAAGGAUCUGAUGAGAACUUAAAGGGCAGAUCCUUCUUCAAAAGGAUUGUAGGCACGGUUGUACGUUCAGUGCAAGAUGAUCAAAAGGAACAAGACAUUAAAAUCUUGGAUGCUGAGGUUCAAGCUCUGGAAGAGCUUUCAAAGCAGCUAUUCUUGGAAAUCUAUGAGCUUCGCCAGGCUAAGGAGGCUGCUGCUUAUUCACGAACAUGGAAGGGCCAUAUGCAGAAUUUGCUUGGAUAUGCAGGUUCAGUUUAUUGUGUGUACAAAAUGAUUAAGUCAUUACAAAGUGUUGUUUUCAAGGAGGCUGGUUCAGUUGACCCUGUUACAAUGUCAAUUACCAUAUUGUUGCAGUUCUUUGAUAUUGGAAUAGAUGCUGCAUUGUUAUCACAGUAUAUUUCCCUGCUGUUUAUUGGAAUCUUGAUCACAAUAUCAGUGCGGGGUUUCUUAACAAAUCUAAUGAAGUUCUUCUUUGCAGUUUCCAGAGUUGGUAGUGGAUCUUCAAGCAAUGUUGUCCUUUUCCUUUCUGAAAUUAUGGGAAUGUACUUCCUCUCUUCAAUUCUUCUGAUAAGAAAAAGUUUGAGGACUGAGUACAGGUUGAUUAUAACAGAUGUUUUGGGUGGAGAUAUUCAGUUUGACUUUUACCACCGGUGGUUUGAUGCAAUUUUUGUAGCGAGUGCUUUCCUUUCUCUGAUUUUGCUUUCUGCACAUUAUACGUCUCGCCAAGCUGACAAACACCCUAUUGAUUGAUGUAUUCUCAUGUCGCAAAUUACGCAUGUAAAACAUACUUUGGAAAUCCCUUGAGACUGGAUUUGUCUUCUACAUCACCAAUUAUAUGAUUCCAGAUGAAGAAACUUCAAGCUAUAAUUUUGUUUAUGAUGUAAGAGAGAUGAUUAUUUGUGUAUGUCAGUUGAUAAUUCAUUUGUCGAGUCAUAUGUAAACCCCGAUUCUUUAACUCGGCUAUAUUGUUUUCAAUACAAGCUCUCCUUUACAAUUUAA